AUGAUCUGGCGCGCAUAUCCCCUGCUCCUGCCGCCGCGCCAAACCACGCUGGACGUGAUCACCAACCCGCGCGCCUGGACCCUGCUCUAUUCGAUCACCGCAGGCGAAUCUCCACGCGCUGGAAUCAGCUUCAUGCGAGAAUCGCACGGCCGCUUGCGCAUUCCCGUCUCGGGUGUGACCCGCAGCGGCGCUACCCACUCCACCGAGUUCGCCGAUCUGAUCCAAGCACUCAAGGACGCCAUGAAUCCGUCUUUCACUGAG